AUGGGCGAGUGGGGCUUCCUGAGCUCCCUGCUGGACGCCGUGCAGGAGCACUCGCCCAUGGUGGGCCGGUUCUGGCUGGUGGUGAUGCUCCUCUUCCGCAUCCUGGUCCUGGCCACGGUGGGCAGCGACGUCUUCGAGGAUGAGCAGGAGGAGUUCGUGUGUAACACGCAGCAGCCGGGCUGCAAACCCGUGUGCUACGACGCCGCCUUCCCCAUCUCCCACUAUCGCUUCCUCGUCUUCCACGUCGUCGUGCUCUCGGCGCCCGCCGCCCUCUUCGUCAUCUUCGCCGUGCACCAGGCGGCCAAGCCGGGCCACGGGGGGGCCCCCGGCCAGCGCGCCCACCGCCUGCAGCCCUUCUACGUGGGCAGCGUGGUGGCCCGGAUCGCCGCCGAGCUGGGCUUCCUGCUGGGCCAGGCCCUGCUCUACGGCUUCAGGGUGCAGCCGCUCUUCGUGUGCCGCCGCCGGCCCUGCCCGCACCGCGUCGACUGCUUCGUGUCCCGCCCCACCGAGAAAACCGUCUUCAUCCACUUCUACUUCGUGGUGGGGCUGGUCUCGGCCCUGCUCAGCCUGGCCGAGCUCGCCCACCUCCUGCGCAAGGGCCCCCCGGCGCGGCCUGGCUGCUGCCCCCGGCCACAGGAGAGGGGCCCGGCGCCCGGGCAGCCGGCGGGGGCUGUGGAGGAGAAGUGCUGUGUCCCCCCACGGGGAGACCUCACCGUGUAA